AGAAGCCAGAUAAAACCACUGCAAGUCUGCACUCGGCAUCUACCACAAUCUCCCUUUCCGAGCAGUUCAAGAAAACCCUAAAGGACAUAUUUUUAAGAACAAAAUCCAUCAGAUCGAAUCGAAUUCGGACUAACAAUGGCGAUGGCUGCACUGAGACGCGAGGGGAGGCGAAUUGCUGGCCCUCUUAUGUCACCUCAGCCCGUUAACCCCCUGCGCUCUUCUCUGGCUUCGUCCGAGGAGCAUGCCCUUACAGGAGUUCGUUUUAUUUCAACUCAAGUUGUCCGCAACCGUAUGAAGAGUGUUCGCAAUAUUCAGAAAAUCACAAAGGCAAUGAAGAUGGUUGCAGCUUCAAAGCUGCGAGCCAUUCAAACUAGAGCUGAAAAUUCACGUGGACUAUGGCAGCCAUUCACUGCUCUUCUUGGUGACACUCCAAGUGUUGACGUCAAGAAGAAUGUCAUUGUCACGAUAUCUUCAGACAAAGGUCUUUGUGGUGGAAUCAAUUCUACAUCUGUCAAAAUAAGCAGGGGCCUUUAUAAGUUAAACUCUGGUCCUGAAAAGGAGUCUAAAUAUGUUAUUUUGGGAGAGAAGGCAAAGGCCCAACUUGUGCGUGACUCAAAGAAAGACAUUGAGUUAUCAAUAACAGAGUUGCAGAAAAAUCCUUUGAACUAUACUCAGGUUGCUGUGCUUGCAGAUGACAUCUUAAAGAAUGUAGAGUAUGAUGCAUUAAGGAUUGUUUACAAUAAAUUCCAUUCAGUUGUGUCAUUUGUGCCAACAACCUCAACUGUACUAUCUCCCGAGGUUGUUGAAAGAGAAGCUGAAGCUGGGGGAAAACUUGGGGAGCUGGAUUCAUAUGAAAUUGAAGGUGGUGAGACAAAGACCGAAGUGCUUCAGAAUCUCGCCGAAUUCCAAUUUUCUUGUGUUCUGUUCAAUGCCGUCUUAGAAAAUGCUUGCAGUGAGCAAGGUGCUAGAAUGUCUGCAAUGGACAGCUCCAGCAGAAAUGCAGGAGAUAUGCUUGACCGCCUCACGUUAACCUAUAACAGAACUCGUCAAGCAUCCAUCACUACCGAGUUGAUAGAGAUUAUCUCUGGAGCAUCAGCACUUGAGGGUUAAUCGAACCAGGCUUCAUCUGUCUAUCUUCCCUUGUCAGACAUCCGCGAAAUAAAAACAGUGAAGGAUUUUUUUGCACUUUUCUUCGACACCUUAUAGAGCUUUUCUUUUUAUUAAUUUAAAAUAAUCUCCCUUGGCCGAUCUCAUUCGAAGGCAACAGUGUGUGUGGUUUCAACUUGUUACCAGAUUUCCUUUUCUGUUUCGAUCUCUUAGUAUCUUUUGCCGUGAUCAUUUUGCUAUAAUACGAAAAUUGUUGUUUCACAAUGUUUUUCUCUGA